AUGGAUUCAAAAAGAACACUUGGAUUGAACAUUCGACAGAAAGAAGAGCCAAAACGGGUGGCGAUCAAGGUGGCGAGUGUUUUUGGAGACGAUGACGAUGACGAUAUGCCAGCAACUGCGACAAACGCCGCAUCGGCAUCAGUGAUUCGUGUGCAGAAACAAGCCGAACGAGAGCAUCAGAAAGCGGAAGCGGAGGAUCCGACGAUUUUCGAUUAUGAUGGGAAUUAUGAUGAGAUUCAGGCAAUUAAGAAUGAGAAGAAGGAAGAAGCCCGAAAAGCGGACAAAAAACGUGAAUCCAAGUACGCUGAAAGUAUCAUCAAAGCUCACGCCCGUCGUCAACUCGAAACCUUCUCCCGUGAAGAACGACAACAAAUCAAAGAGCGAGAAAAGGAGGGGGACGAGUUCGCCGAUAAGGAAGUCUUCGUGACUGGAGCCUACCGUAAACAACAGGAAGAAGUCAAGAAAUACAGGGAGCAGGAGGCUGAAGAAGCGGCGUUCAACGAUAUGACGAGUGUACAAAAGCAGAAAAUGUGGGAGAUGGGAAUGGGAAGGACGUUGUUGAAUGAUUUGGCGAGGGAUCCGACGGCGAUUAAACAGAGGAAAAAAGAGCAGAAGAAUGUGAGAAAACGAGAAGAUUCUGGAGAUGAAGAAGAAAAGGAAUUGGGGGAGGAUAAGAAGAAACCGGAGAAAUCAAUUUACGACUCGGAUUCAGAAGAGGAGAAGCCGAAGAUUGAGGCUCCGCCCCAAAAGAAUUUCGAAGGAGAACUGAAGCCUGGCCUCAAUAAAGUCACGAAGAAAGCAACGACACGCGCUGAAAGAGUCCAACGAAAUUUCACACCGACACCACCGUCUUCUGAUGACGAAGGAGCACCACGACCUGCUCCGCGAGCACUCGGAGAUCAUAGAUCAUCGAGAAGAAGUGGAAGUGGAUCACCCAGAAGAUCCCGAGAUUCGGGACGACGAGGCUCUGAAGUGGAGAAGACUGAAGAGCCGGUGAAAGCGCCGAAAAUCUCGCUCAAGGAGAAGCUGAAACCGAAGAAAAUCGAUAAAGUCGCGAGAUUGGAGGGAUUGAAGGAGAUUCUGAAGCAGAGGAAUACGGAGAAUGAUAUUGAAGAAGCGAGACAGAGAUAUUUUGAGAGGAGGGAGCAAGGAAUCGUUGUGCCGCCACUGUAA